UGUGAUAGAAUAUUCAUGAUAUGCAUUUUGCCUUCUCUUGACUAGAGUUCUUUACAGUGUGAUUUUACAUCCUUAAAAUUCUAAAACUUGACCCAUGCAUGCCUCAUAUUGGGCCAGGGCCCCGUCGGCAUUGUCCCAUGUUACGAGGAUUCAGCGUCGAUACGCGAGUGCUCGGACUCCCAGAGCGCCGUCAGUGCGCAAUCGACUACGACGCCCAGUGCUGAGUCCGGACUUUGGGUCAGUCCCCAGCCCGCCAUUGGAGCUAUUCACCUCUGCCAUUGACAAGGGCCCGUUCAAGCAAGGACCCAACAAGCUUGGGUGGAUGGAAGCCAUCGAUAUUGCUCGAAAAUGCAUCGCCGCAGCUCAGAAAAGCACGGAGACCUCUUCGUUGAAUUUGGAAAGGGAUAUCCACGCAGACUUGCACAAGAUUUGUUUGGUAUCCCAGAUCCUUGGACGCUCACCCAGACACAGUGUUGUGACUGAGUGGAUUAUGCCAAAACUGGCUCAUGCCGGUAACAUGCUUGCCAUCGUCUCUCUAGGCUAUAAGGCGCUUAGCUCUUCCACGAUCAAUGGACAGCCUUGGCUGCUUCAGAAGAUCGAAAUACUCGCUCGAGAGGGCAAGGCCUGGGAGCCUAUGGUCCUUCACGGAUCUAUUUUGGAGGCAAAAGGCGAACUGCCGAGCGCAGCAAACUGGUACCAGAAGGCAAUCGAAAUAACAAAGCCACUGGACAACGAAAUCAACUAUCUCUCCUUUUUUAUCCCGCAAGGCCGGUUUCCACUGCCCUUGGAAGCAUUUGCCAACGUCCAACUCAAGCUUGACGAAAUCGAUAAGGCCGAGGAAGCCGCGAACUUGGGUGCGCUUCAGUAUGAUAGCCCCCGGGGCUAUUCGCUGCUCCUCUCUGCGCUUUUUAAGAAUGAAAGUGGGUGGGAUCACAUCGAAGAAUACCUCACGAAAUGCGCCAUGAGCCAUGAUGUGGAAGCCUGUUAUCGGCUGGGAGAAAUAUAUCGACUCUGGCAUCUUGGGUUGGAGAAGGUUGAGCAUGCCGGGUUCCACGACAAAUUCUUAUCGAAAAAAAUGCUUCGGGGGCUGCUAUCGGUAUCUUCACGCUACCAUUCUCCAACGGAAUAUUAUAGUAUGGCCAAGGAAUGGCUCGAGCUCGCCGCUGCCCAGGGACACCCGUUAGCUUCGCUGCAGAUGGCGGUGCUACUCCGUGACGAGAAUAAAGCGGGAGAAGCUUUACACUAUCGGGAACUUGCCGGAAGGCAUCCGAAAUACGCAGCCGUUGCUACCGAACUACAAGAAGCGUGGGAAAUUUCAGACGCUGACAUCACUUCCAUCAUGCGCAAGGCUGUCGAGCUGUAA